AUGGAGGCAGGUUCACUUACAAUCUUUCUGUGUGCUCUUUUCAUAUUUUCUGCCGAAGGUGCGCCGAAGUUCACUAAAGAACCUCAAAACCCAUUGCUUGUUGUGGAAGGUGACAAUAUUACCCUUGAAUGGGGGUAUACAUUUGGCGAAGGUGAAUCACUCCUGCUUCUGUCCAUUGUAAAAGGUAGACUCAUUGUGGUGAACAAAUAUCCCAGCGGACUCUUUAUACCAACCUCGUACCAAGGUCGCUUACACGCGAACAUUACCAAUAGUUACGCAUCAGUCACUCUCCUCGGAGUGAAUAGAUUGGAGAUGGGAAGCUACACGUUAAAAGUAUCGUCUCAACCAAGUGGAGAAUCAAAUUCAAGUACAGUGAAGAUUUCAGUACAAUAUUUAGAUAAACCAGAUAUUCAUUCGACGGAUAUGAGACCUGCAGAAGGAACUGCAGUGAAGAUAUCCUGUAUUGUUGACGGGCAACCGCCACCGAUAGUAUCAUGGACCAUGAAUGGAUCUCCACUAAAUACAAGUGGAAAUUCUAGGAUUUUUCUUAGGAAUGAUGACAAGCAACUGAAUAUAAUGAACUUGAAAAGAACAGACAGUGGAGAAUACCGAUGUGUGGCGCAGAACAUUCGUGGAAAUAUUUCUUCCAAUGCGAGUGUACUGAGUGUCCGAUAUAAACCUGAGAUCAGUCCUCUUCCACGAAUGAUUCAGAGAACCGAAGGAGAGAAAAUGAUUUUAUUUUGUAACGCCACUGGAAAUCCAGUACCGACAAUAUCAUGGAUCAUAAAUGGGUUUUCUUUGGACACUAAUAACAGUUCCAGAAUGAAUUUGUCUUACGAAGGAAAGCAACUCACUAUCAAGAAUGUGAGAAGAACAGACAGUGCAUUGUACCGAUGUGUGGCAGAAAACAGUCUUGGAAAUGUUACGUCCCAUAACACUACCUUGGAAGUGCAUUUUGAACCUGAGGUUACAAUUGAUGGCGAUCAGGAUAAAUAUAUGGCCAAAGGCAGCAAUAUCCGGCUGAUAUGUCGGUAUGAAGCGUCGCCACCAGUGUCUGAAGUGCAAUGGAUAAAAGGAACUGUGAUUGCUAGAAAUACUUCAAUGCUGAUUAAUGAUUCGCGAGUGACAAUUCCAUCUUUCAAUGAGAGUCAAAUACAGUUGUCAAUCACUGCAGCUUCCCUAAAGGAUGGGGGAAAUUACACCUGUAAAGUCACGAAUAUUUUAAACAGCACUCAGGAUAUGACAAUGAUCAUAAUUGAAGAUAAACCUGAGAUCGUGACGCAUCCUCAAAAUAUCACAACAAGAGAAGGCCAAAACGUGACUUUAUAUUGUAACGCUACUGGAAAUCCAGUUCCAACAAUAUCAUGGUACAAGAAUGGAUAUCCUAUAAAUAACAGCUUCAGUACCAUUUUGUCACCAAGCUAUGAACAGUUUACAAUAAGGAAGGUGAACAGAAUAGAUCGUGGCGAUUACACAUGUCGAGCGAAAAACAGAGUUGGAACGGAUACUUCUAACGCUUCCACGAUUAAUGUUCAGUUUCGAGCUGAAAUCGUCUCUCAUCCUCGAGCGAAUGUCACAAAAGAAGAGGGAAGUAAUUUGACUUUAUUUUGUAAUGCCACCGGAAACCCAGCACCGAUGAUAUUGUGGACUAAAGAUGGAUCUCCCAUAAACAAUUCUAGGAUCAGUUUUUCAAUACAAAACAGACUGUUGAACAUAUCAAAUGUGAGCAGAACAGACAGCGGCCGCUACCGAUGUGUAGCGAACAACAGCCUGGGAAAUGAUAUCUCAAACGUUGCUGCUGUUGACAUCCAAUAUAAACCUGACAUUACCACUCAUCCUGAAAAUGAGGAUAUAAAAGAAGGAGGAAACGUGACCUUUUCUUGUAAUUCUACUGCAAAUCCAUUACCGACAACAUCAUGGACUAAAGAUGAAUCGCCUGUAACUAACGAUUCGAGGAUCAGUUAUUCAGUUGUCAAUAAAGUGUUGACGAUAACGAAUGUGAACAGAAAUGACAGGGGACAAUACAGAUGUGUGGCGAGCAACGAACUUGGAAAGGAUAUAUCAAAAGCUGCUAAAUUAAAUGUGAAAUAUCGACCUGAGAUAGCUACUCAACCGCAGAAUGACACAACAACAGAGGGAAAAAAUGUGACAUUAACUUGUAAUGCUACUGGAAAUCCAGAGCCAGUGCUUUCAUGGUCGAAAGAUGGAAAUCUCGCGAAAAGCAGCCACAGGAUCAGCUUUUCAGCAGACAACAAGCUGUUGAAGAUAACGAAUGUGAACAGAACACAUAGCGGAAAAUACCUGUGUUUCGCUCAUAAUGAAGUUGGGAACGCCACCUCGAAAAUUGCCAUGUUAAAUGUUCAAUAUAAACCGGAAAUUAUCACUGAUCCCUCUGGUGACAUGAUGAAGGAAGGACAAAACAGGACCUUUUAUUGUAACGCGACUGGAAAUCCAUUACCGGCAAUAUCAUGGAAAAAAGAUGGACAUUCUAUUGGCAAUAAUUCCAGGAUCAGUUAUUCAGCAGAGAGCAACGAGUUGAGGAUAAUAAAUGUGUACAGAACAGACAGUGGAAACUACCGGUGUGUGGCUAACAAUAGCAUUGGUAAUGCCAGCUCAGAUGCUGCUACAUUAGUUGUUGAAUAUAAAAGUGAGAUUACCACUCAUCCUAGUAAUGUGACAAAAACAGAAGGAGAAAACAUUACGUUACACUGUAAUGCUACUGGAUAUCCGCCCCCUACUCUAUCAUGGACCAAAGAUGGGUCUGACAUAAGUAACAAUUCCAGGAUCAGCUUUUCAGCAGACAAAAAGCAGUUGGCAAUCACCAAAGCGAGCCGAGUAGACAGCGGAGCAUACCGAUGUGUGGCGAACAACAGCCUUGGAAAUGAUACGUCUAUGGCUGCCGUUGUAGAUGUUCAGUUUGCACCUGAAAUCUCCAUACAUCCGAGGGAUGUCACAAUAGUAAGAGGAGAUAAUGUGACUUUUAGUUGUUCAGUCGUGGGGAACCCAACUCCCAGUGUUGUUUGGGAAAAGGACAGAAAAGACCUAAAUGUAACAGGAAAUAGUCGAUUUAACUUGUCCUCAAGGAACAAUAAUCACAGUUUAGAAAUUGCAGAAGUUCACCGCUCAGACUCAGGGCAAUACAGAUGUGUAGCUGAAAACAGCAAGAAUAUAUCAUAUUCAUCUGCAGCUACCCUCACAGUGCAGUAUGUACCAGACCCACCAAAGGAUGUCAAAGUGAUCACGAGAGGAUCACGGGAAGUGAAUAUCUCCUGGACAGCUGGUUUCGAUGGAAACAGUGCCAUUCAGAACUACACAGUGGAAAUCGGAAAAGAUAAGCAGACUUUCAGAGAUGCCAUAUGUCAGGGAACACUCUCAAAGAAUAAUUGUGUGAUCUACUCCACAAGAGUUUCUAUCAAAGAUCUGCUUCCUUGGACAAAAUAUUACCUCAGCGUGUUUGCUACGAACAUGAUUGGUUCUAGUAACCACAGCUCUGUAGUAAAUGUUACCACCGAUGAAGAAGUGCCGAGCAAGGCUCCAAAUUUUGUUGUGACUGUUCUAAACUCAACUGCUGUGAAUGUUUCCUGGCAGAUGCUGAGUAAAGACAUCGCCAGAGGUGCAGUCUUGGGCUAUUACGUUUUGCACCGGCUUAACAGCACUCCUCCCUGGAUUAAUAAAACUGUUGAUAGAGCCGAAUUGACAUCGUUGUUGGUGGGACCACUAAAUGAACACACUUCAUACGAGUUUGCCAUGCAGGCGUUUAACAGUAAAGGUGCCAGUCAUUUAAGUGCUUCGGUGAGAAAGACUACCGACCAGCAUAAACCGGGUAGUACACCACAAGCUGUUACAGUUAGUGCUACAUCUUCUAAAAGUAUCUUCGUCUCUUGGGAUCCUGUCAUUGCUGAUGAUCGAAAUGGAAUUAUCAAAGGAUACAUCGUGAAUUAUCAAGCCUUACCAAAUGGUUACAUCGUUGCUAAGAUCCUCAAUAUCACUAAAGAGGAACAGAAUAAUAGACAAACAGUGACUUUAAGUAACCUGAAUGAGUUUACAAACUACAGCAUCGGGGUAUUAGCAUUUACUGUUUUUGGAAAUGGACCAGUAAGUGUUGGCCAAGUUGUGGAGACACUGGAAGGCAAGCCGACCGGUGCACCACAAGCUGUUACAGUUAGUGUUACAUCUUCUAGAAGUAUCUCCGUCUCCUGGGAUCCUGUCAUUGCUGAUGAUAGAAAUGGAAUUGUCAAAGGAUAUAAAGUAAAUUAUCAAGCCUUACCAAAUGGUGACAUUGCUACGAAGAUCUUCAAAAUCACUAAACAGCAACAGAAUAAAAGACAAACCGUGACUUUAGGUAAUCUGAAUGAGUUCACAAACUACAGCAUUGGGGUGUUAGCAUUUACUGUUUUUGGAGGUGGACCGGCAAGUGUUGGCCAGGUUGUGGAGACACUGGAAGACAGUAAGUUUUAUGCCAGCAUCUGUGCUGUUAUUGUUUCUUUUAUUGUGUUUGUUCUUGCAUUUAAUUAA